AUGGCUGAAUCACACAGAUUAUACGUUAAAGGUAAACACAUCUCAUACCAAAGAUCAAAAAACGUUACCAACCCAAAAGUUUCAUUAAUUGAAAUUGAAGGAGUUAACAGUCCACAAGAUGCUAAAUUUUAUUUAGGUAAAAGAAUUGCUUAUGUUUAUAGAGCUCAAAAAGAAAUUAGAGGUUCAAAAAUUAGAGUUAUUUGGGGUAAAGUUGCAAGAACUCAUGGUAACAAUGGUUUAGUUAGAGCUAAUUUCAAAAAAAAUUUACCACCAAAAACUUUUGGUGCUUCAGUUAGAAUUAUGUUAUAUCCAUCAAACAUCUAA